AUGCCGCGCCCGGCCCCCACGCGCCACCUCCCGGGACUCCUCCUGCUGCUCUGGCCGCUGCUGCUGCUGCCGCCCCUCGCGGCCCCCGGGCCCCUGGCCCGUCCGGGCUUCCGGAGGCUGGGGACCCGCGGCCCCGGGGGCAGCCCCGGACGCAGUCCCGCUCCCGCGGCUCCCACCCGCGCGCCCCAUUCCGGGGCGGGCCAGCCCGGCGGCGCCCGCGGCGCAGGAGUUUGCAAGAGCAGGCCCUUGGACCUGGUGUUCAUCAUUGAUAGUUCUCGUAGUGUGCGGCCCCUGGAAUUCACCAAGGUGAAAACAUUUGUCUCCCAGAUAAUUGACACUCUGGACAUCGGGGCGGCCGACACUCGGGUGGCAGUGGUGAACUAUGCCAGCACGGUGAAGAUCGAGUUCCAUCUCCAGACCUACUCAGAUAAGCAGUCCCUGAAGCAGGCCGUGGGGCGAAUCACACCCUUGUCAACAGGCACCAUGUCGGGGCUGGCCAUCCAGACGGCAAUGGAUGAAGCCUUCACUGUGGAGGCGGGAGCUCGAGGGCCCACCUCCAACAUCCCUAAGGUGGCCAUCAUCGUGACAGACGGGAGGCCCCAGGACCAGGUGACCGAGGUGGCGGCUCGGGCCCGGGCUUCUGGCAUUGAGCUGUAUGCUGUGGGUGUGGAUCGCGCGGACAUGGAGUCCCUCAAGAUGAUGGCCAGUGAACCUCUAGACGAGCAUGUUUUCUACGUGGAGACCUAUGGGGUCAUUGAGAAACUUUCCUCUAGAUUCCAGGAAACCUUUUGUGCUGUGGACCCAUGUGUGCUUGGCACACACCAGUGCCAGCAUGUCUGCAUCAGCGAUGGGGAUGGCAGACACCACUGCGAGUGUAGCCAAGGAUAUGCCUUGAAUGCUGACAAGAAAACGUGUUCAGCUAUCGAUAAGUGUGCUCUUAACACUCAUGGAUGUGAGCACGUCUGUGUGAACGACAGAACUGGCUCUUAUCAUUGUGAGUGCUAUGAAGGUUAUACCUUGAAUGAAGACAGGAAAACUUGCUCAGCUCAAGAUAGAUGUGCUUUGGGUACUCAUGGGUGUCAGCACCUUUGUGUGAAUGACAGAAAUGGAUCCCAUCACUGUGAAUGCUAUGAGGGCUACGCUCUGAAUGCAGAUAAAAAAACAUGUACCGUCCGUGACAAGUGUACUCUGGGCUCUCACGGGUGCCAGCACAUUUGCGUGAGUGACGGGGCGGCGUCCUACCACUGUGAUUGCUUUCCCGGUUACACCCUGAACGAGGACAAGAGGACAUGUUCAGCCAUUGAAGAAGCACGAAGACUUGUUUCCACUGAAGAUGCUUGUGGAUGCGAAGCCACACUGGCAUUCCAGGAUAAGGUCAGCUCAUAUCUCCAGAGACUGAACACCAAACUAGAUGGCAUUUUGAAGAAGUUGCAGAUAAAUGAAUAUGGACAAAUACAUCGUUAAAUUGCUCAAAUUUCUCACCUGGAAAUGAGGACAACCUGGUGCAUUUAGCACUCAUUCUUUUGUAUACUGUAUCUCCAGCAUUCCUGCAAAUAAUUUGCUAUUACCUGUAUAAAUGCUUGAAAAUUACUGAACAAAUAGUAUGAGGAUCUUCUGGAAAAUCAGUAUCAUUUUUCCAGUAUCUUUAUUUCUAAGGAAAUAAAUGUAUAGAUCCUCAUUAAGAGCAAACUUAGUGUCUCUGAGCUAUGACUGUGAAACGGUUAGUAGAAAAUAGAAUGAAAGUUUAAUAUUUCUUUACUAAUUGAGCCAUUUAGUUUUUAAAUGUUUUUAUUCGUAAGAUAACCAUAUUCACAAAGAAAACUUUAGGUCUAUUUUCUCUUGAUAGUAUUUAUAAUAUAAACCAAUUAUUACUGAGAGUGCAAACUGUACAAAUUACGUACAUGUAUACAAAGUUUAUUUAGUUACAUUGAGAUCAAUAUAAUUUAGAACUGUUUAAAACUUUUUAUUUUUUGCUUAUUUUUUCUGGAGCAUUAUUGAAACUGUGAUCAAAGGCUUAUAUGUAAUAAACACAUCUAAAAAUAGUUAACAUAGAUCAAAUGAACAUUCCAUUCCAUUUUUUUUUCCAUUCCAUUUUUAAUUCAUUCUGGUCUUAGAAAUGUACAACUAAAGAGUAUAGUUGCAAAUUUAGGUGUUAAACUUUUUACCAAGGACAAAAAAUCCUAAGUUUAUUUAUCAUUUUGCUUUAGAAUCCAAUUGAUAAAAGCAUAUAUUUAUAAAAUUGCUAUUAAUUGGCUGG